GCGAAACUAAAACGGGGAGAGACGAGGGGCGGAGAGGCGAGAGGAAGGAGCGGCGCUUUUGGAAAGAGAAGGGUAAAGGAGGCGGCGAGAAGGUUCGACGAAGGAAUGGAGCCGAAGAAGGGCGUGGACGAGUCAUCGUUGGAUGAGCUGUUUCUCUACACCACCGUGUGCAUCGUCGGGUUUCCCGUCGAGGUCCAGGUUAAGGACGGGUCCCUCUACUCCGGCAUCUUGCACACCGCGUGUUUCGAGAAGGAUCAGGGUAUUGUUUUGAAGAAAGCGAGGAAGAUAGGGAAUGGGAAAUGUGACACAAACUUAGCUUUAGGAGACUUUGUAGAUACUCUUGUUAUUCUUUCAUCUGACCUGGUUCAAGUAGCUGUCAAGGAGUUCCUCCCGCCAGCAGAUCAUGUUGCUCAGAACAAUGCAGAGGUGGUGAUUGAAUCUGAUUUACAAACUUGCAAUCGGGAUUCUGGAAGGGUGAGGGAAGGGUCCACAUGUGAACAAAUUUCUGCUUUGAGGUGUUUGGACAAAAGUGAAGAAAGUGAACCUCUUUCAUUAACAAAUGAUGAAGAACAUGUUAUAGUGAAUGAGAUGAUUGAUGUAGGUAAAUUUCCAGACAAGGCUUUAGAUAAUAUGCAUGAAACUGGAGGUGCAAGACAAGAUGAGAUAUCUUUAGAAAAGGUUGAAGAACAUUCUUUUAUACCAGCUAUUUCACUUCAGCAAAGACAGGUCAUAGGGUGCAAACCGGAGGGAGAAAAGCAUUGUGAUCCUGUUGAAGAGAUGGCACAAGAAGUUCACCAUUUGAGUCCCAACUCAAAUGCAAAUGGCUCAAGAUUGAAUAGUUCUGCUGCUAUGCCUGUCCAACUGAUGCUUCUAGAGGGCAAAGAUUCCACUUCAACAAACAUUUCACUAUCAGAUGCUAGAACUUCAGCUUGUACUGCUACUCCUUUGGUUUCACAUAUUACAACCUCUUCAUGCCCUGUUAGAUCAGCCUUAUCUGAUGCAUCAAUUCCUAAAAAGAGCAAAGCUGGAAGUAUUACUGCCAAGGAAUCGAAGCUGAAUCCAAGUGCAAAAAUUUUCACACCAUCAGUGACAAAUUUAAGACCAUUACCUACAGCUGUGCCUAAUAUUGUGAGCCCAAGCCAAAUGUUGAACAAUCUUCCUUUAAUGCCUAUUGCUGCUUCACAAUUAGGAACUGAAAUGAGCUCUCUUGCAAGUCAUGUCACAGUACCAAGUAAAUUGGUCCCAUACAAUAACAUAAUUGCCACGCACACUGGACUGGGAACUCAUUAUACUCGACCUGUUCUGGGGCAUGCUAGCAUUCGACAAUUACCCAUUAGAAUGAAUGGUCAAUAUCAUCCUCUUCAAGCAGGGCAUUUCUAUUCAAAUCCACAUUCCCAAAUGGUAAGUCAUCCGUACUUCUCAUACUUUUUAUUUAAUAUUUUGCAAUUUUUUGUGCAAUUGAUGGUUGGCCAAUUAAGUCAGCCUGCAUAUGUGCAUCCGGUUUCUCAGGAUGUGAUUCAACGAACGCCAGUUAUGCCACAAGGACAACCACACCCUCUAUUGACUCAAGCAAAUGCACCAAAGUUUCAAGGUGCUACAGCCCUGGCUGCGGCUCCACCCGUUGUUGCAGGUGGAAUUCAGACUAUUGUGGCGCCACCCCAUGCUCCAUUCUCACAGCCCUUUGCUGCCAUCCAACAAAUCGUAGUCCCUGGUGGCAAUGGUUAUUUCUACCACUAAAUCCUUGUGAUCUCUUUUCUGGAUCCUGGAAUCUGCAAAUCAAUUUUGAUGAGUUCAUUCAAUUCUUUGCCUAGCAUGGUAAAUAAUGAUGCAGAAUUGAAGAUUGCCCUUUCAACUUGCUAUAGUGGUUUCUGAAGUUAUUUUCCUUAGGAGACCGUCUGUUUUUGUUCCUCUUAUAUCAAAGAAGAAAGCGAGUCAAUCACAUGUUGAAUCUUUCUGGAAGGUUUCUUUUUUUCUUUUUUGAGGAAAAGAGUAUAGUGUAUAUUGGAACAAGCCAUGAUAGAUGAGAGGGAGGAGGAAAUGAUUUUGUUCUACAAGAAGUGGCUUCUAACUGAGACAAGCUACCAAAGGUCACAGUUCUAGUGAUUACCGACUUGACAAAAGUAUUCUUUUUCUUUUUCUUUCCCUCAAAUUAUCUGCAUUUGCUUGGUCAUUUUUUGAACUGGAUGGUAAGAAGUUGUAGCUGGAGAAGAAGAAAAUGUUAAAUUUUAUGCA